GGGUGAUUAGGGGGGUUUUCCCAUGACAGUUUAAUUUCUGUGCUUUGCUAGCAUGUCAAAGACCAUUGGUCUCCCUACGGCAACUUGCAUAACAACAUGGAAUAUUCCGGCUACUCGCAGGUUAACCCGCAAUGGACCAAGUUUGUGGCGUCCCACUCCGAGCUUGGCGAUCUGGAUCGAGUCGGCAUAGUGGAGCGCCGUCGUAUCUUUGGCGAGGUCGAGGCAAAGAUUCCGCCACGAAAGAUACCAGAGGAUGUUGCCAACAGUUCCAUAACUGUCGACACGUUCAGCAUUACUGCCAGAGAUGGGUAUGAGAUACCGGUUCGGAGUUAUGUCCCAGGAUCUGGCAGCGCCGAGAACCGGCCCGUCCUCAUCUACCUGCAUGCCGGAGGUUUCUUAUUUGGCGACUUGGAGUCUGGUGAUCUGAACUGCCGAACCUUGGCUGCAAGACUGAACAUUAGCGUCUUGAAUGUUGGGUAUCGACUUGCUCCUAAGUGGCCAUUUCCUCAUGGGCUGAAUGACAGCUAUGAUGCCACCGCGUGGGCUGCCGCCAACGCUAAGACCCGCCUCGAUGCCUCCCCAACAGCAGGUUUUCUUGUCGGCGGGAUCUCCUCGGGUGCCAACUUCGCCGGGGUCAUCGCCUACCAGGCACGCGAUGCCGGUCUUUCACCUCCAAUAACAGGACUUUGGAUUUCCAUCCCCGUCUGCAUCUUGCCACAGGCUUACCAUCUCCUCCCUCCCGAACAGAGAGAGCAGUUACUGAGUCUUGAGCAAAAUGCUGAGAAUCCGCUGUUGACGAAGAAGUCGCUUGCUGACAUUCAGGCCAUCUACGGUUCACCCCCCGAGGAUCCACGCAUCUCGUUCUUGUUGAAUAAAGACCACAACAACCUCCCAAAGAGAGCCUACUUCCAGAUCUGCGGCCGGGAUCCGCUGCGUGAUGAGGCGUUUUUGUGGCAGAAGUUGCUGGAGAAGCAUUCAGGGACAAGAAGCAGGGUCCAUCUCUACACCGGGAUGCCGCAUGGGUUCUGGAGGUUCUUGGAGAUGAAAGCGAGCCAGGAGUGGUUGGAUGAUUUACUGGAUGGGAUCAGCAUGUAG